AACCCUAGGUUAAAGCGACGCCGCCGCCGCAAGCCGUCCGCCUCGCUCUUCUCCCGAGCCUGGUCCUCAUCCACUCGCCUCUCCCCAACACAGAUUUAGCAAUCUAGAGUUAGCGCCUCCGUCCAUCCCGUAGCUGCUCCGAUGGCGAUCAAGAGGACCAAGGCCGAGAAGAAGAUCGCGUACGACCAGAAGCUCUGCCAGUUGCUCGAGGAGUACACCAAGGUGCUCAUCGCCGUCGCCGACAAUGUCGGCUCCAAGCAGCUCCAGGAGAUCCGCAAGGGUCUCCGCGGUGACUCCAUCGUGCUCAUGGGCAAGAACACCCUGAUCCGCCGCUGCAUCAAGGUGCACUCGGAGAAGACUGGCAACAAGGACUUCCUCGAGCUCAGCAACCUCCUCGUCGGUAACGUUGGCCUCAUCUUCACCAAGGGUGACCUCAAGGAAGUUCGCGAGGAGGUCGCCAAGUACAAGGUUGGCGCUCCUGCUCGUGUUGGGCUAGUUGCACCUGUUGAUGUGGUGGUUCCCCCUGGCAACACUGGUCUGGAUCCCUCCCAGACGUCCUUCUUCCAGGUGCUUAACAUUCCCACCAAGAUUAACAAGGGUACUGUGGAAAUUACCAUCCCAGUGGAGCUGAUCAAGAAGGGUGACAAGGUGGGCUCCUCUGAGUCUGCCCUGCUUGCCAAGCUUGGUAUCCGCCCCUUCUCAUAUGGGCUGGUCAUCUGCAAUGUCUAUGACAGUGGGUCAGUCUUCAGCCCCGAGGUUCUUGACCUCACUGAGGAAGAUCUGAUGGACAAGUUUGCUUCUGGUGUCUCCAUGGUUGCCUCACUGUCCCUGGCGAUCUCAUACCCCACCAUGGCUGCUGCACCGCACAUGUUCCUCAAUGCAUACAAGAAUGUUCUUGCGGUCGCUUUGGAGACAGACUACUCGUAUGACCAUGCUGAUAAGAUCAAGGAGUACCUCAAGGACCCGAGCAAGUUUGCCGUUGCUGCUCCUGCUGCUGCUGCCUCUGGUGGUGCCGCCGCUGCUGCCCCCAAGGAGGAGGAGAAGAAGGAAGAACCCGAGGAGGAAUCAGAUGGCGAGAUGGGAUUCAGUCUGUUUGACGACUAAGCUGUGUUCUGUCCUUCAUAAAGCCGUGUCCAGUCGCCAGUUUUGUUUAGUGUUCAACACUAAAGUUUUUCAAGUCCUAUUAUUACCUCGAACAAGAAUUAAUUAUGCUGUUUGUUAGUGUGUAUUCGAAUAUGUUAAUGUUAUGUCAUGCACUUAGUUA